AUGUCCCCCGACUUCCCCAACCUCCUCUCCCCCGCCUUCCUAACGUUCUCCACCUGUCCUCUCAACCCCACCGCCGAUCCCUCCUCCACUGCAUCUCCUAAUGAGACUUCACCCGGGACCCCCCGAAAAACAUAUCUUUUAGCAACCAUUUACCAGAAUAUGACGCUUUCCACCACACCAACUUUUAUAUGUACAGAUUCUGCUAGCGCGUCGUUCGCGCUAACGAUUAUUCUCCAGUCGCCAUUGACGCCUGCGCAAUUGGAGGGAAGUGGAAACGGGAGCAUGAGUGGAGAUGGAAAUGAUUUUGAUAUCAAGAAAUUGAAGAAAGGACACACAGUUGUAGUGCCGAAUCCGAGGAGGCAUGGGGUCAGAGAAGGAAAACAGGGGUAUAUCAGGUGUGGGUGGAGUGAUCUUACUAUCAUACCAUCCUCUUUGGAUAAACUGUUAGGAAUGAGUGAGAGGUUUAUUAAAGCUCGUGAAAGUACUGAAGAAGACAGCCGAGGGGUUCUGGUGACAUGUCAAUCAUGUGAGAGGAAAGAUAGUGAGGAGCAGCUUUCGAGAUGUAAAGGUUGCAGCGAAGUUUGGUAUUGUGGCAAGGAAUGUCAAACUAAAGGGUGGAAUGAACAAGGUCACAAGAGUGAGUGCAAGGUUCUGAGAAUGGUGUGCGGCAUGAACUUGAACGAUUAG